UUUCGCUUUUUGCAGUGCUAUUCUUUCCAUUACAACACACUCUUCGUUCUCGCUCUCUCUCUGUCUCCGCUUUCGCAUAUCAUUGCUAUAAUUGGACCUAUCUCCGUUUCCUUUCAUCAUCAUCAUCAUCAUCAUCAUCACCUCUUAUUAUUACUACUAUUACUGCUGUCCUUUUCUGUGUCUGGGUUUCUUUUUCCUCUCCUUUAUUCCCUCUUCUUUUUUGUGUUCGAUGUUGAAUGCUUAUUGUUUAAAUCAUCCUCCUCCAAACAAUACAUAAUAUCAGGUCCGCCGCCGCCCACCAUUUCCCCAACUCAAAUGAUGGGUUACUCUUACCGCGACCAGCCUCUUCCUCCAUCCUCCGUACCUAGCAGCGAGCCAACACUGGGAUAUCCAAGCAUACCUCCACCGCCACCUCCGCAUGCUGAACUCAGUGAUGAGGACGCUGCUGCAGCCGCUGCCGCCAUGAGUCAGAUGGGCCAUCCUCAGUCAGGUGUUUUGGCCCAUGCAGCAGACCCAUCAGCAGCCGCAGCCGCUGGCUUGCAGCCCUACAUGAUGCAGCAGCUCACUCCACCGUCAAUACAGCAGCAAAAUCCACCGCCAUUAUCCCAUCAUCACCACCAGCACCACCAGCAACAUCCACAACACGAACAACAUCCAAACAUUUCCGACACUACUCCUACUAGCACCUCAGCUGCCGCUGGAUCGAGUAUGGAGCUUAUUGCUCCAGCUCCCCCAUCAGCAACAACAACAACAGCACCAGGAGGAGGAGGAGGAGGACCGUCAUUAGCGCCUUCCAGCACGACCCCGUCGACGUCGCCGACCUCUGGCCAAGCAGGAGCAGCACCCCUUUACGAUCCUUACGCGCACAUUCUCAACAAGGCGAAUCUCCAUGUCGAAGGCAAUCUCGAAGACAUGCUCGCGAAUUGGACACCCGAGGAAUGGCAGAAUCAGCGACGUCUCGUUCAGUUUUGGCGGCGACAACAAGGCAACGAGGUGAUUUGUAGUUUUGCACCCAUUGCUCAGAGCGAACGGCCUCAGCAACAAAACAUGAUUGUCGUCUCAUGUAUCUAUUGGCGGGAACAUAACGAUUAUUUCAUCACGUCCGUCGACUGCAUUUAUCUGUUGGAAAGCUUGAUUGGUGUUCGGUUUACGGUCGAGGAAAAGAAUCGGAUACGUCGCAAUUUGGAAGGCUUCCGCCCAUUGACUGUUAGCAAGUUGCGGCAGGACAGUGCUGAUUUCUUUAAGCUCAUCAUGGCGUUUCCAAACCCAAAGCCCAGAAAUAUUGAAAAAGAUGUCAAGGUGUUUCUGUGGCGAUCGCUGGCUAUGGCACUCAAAAAGAUUAUUAGCAAAUACACAGCAAGUUACAGUAGCACUGCAAGUGUCAAUCUCGAAGCACUCGGCACUUCGUUCCCAGGGUGUUCCGACCCAGGCGAAGGCGGCAGUAGCAGUAGCAGCGGACAGCCACAACAACCAGCAACAUCAUCCUCAUCUCAGCAAUUACAACAACCUCCUUCACCGCACGAAGAAUCAUAGAACACUAUUACUUACUACUCUACUACUACUACUACUACUACUACUAUUGCUAUUGUACUACUUACUAUUUUUUCAUAGAUUUUACUUUUUAUUUCAUGAUAUGUUUAAGCAUCUCUUCUACUCAGUAGUUUUCUAUUAUUCUAUUCUUACUUAUAUGUCUACCUAUCUAUCUACCUAUCUACCUACCUUUAUUAUUCUUACGUUAUUAACUAAUAUAUUACGCCAAAUUUUCUCUGUAUUAAACAAAAACAAUUU